UCCCGCUGCAGGACUUCUGUAGGCUGGCAGACUUCCUUCAAUAUUAUUUCUGUGGAGAGCAGGGUAAAAAAAGUACCCCGCAAAAAAAAUAAUACAAUGUUGCCGCUCCACAACACUGGGACGGACUGAAUGGAGGCAACGUUGUCAGCGAGCGGAGAUAAUAAAUCCGUCUACAGUGAACCGCGACACACACCGGUAAGCAGAAGAGCGGCUUGUUGACUUCUCCGUAAACGUCCAGCCCUCAGCCUCCCCAUGCCUCCAUCUCCUCUCGACGACAGAAUUGUGGUGGCGCUGCCAAGGCCGAUCCGACCUCAGGAACUCCAACUGCGCCUGGACACCAGCUACCUGGACUCCAUCACCACCAGCAGCAGCAGCAAGACAGUCAUCAGCACCACCGUGGUGAAGAUCCGGGCGACGGCCAAUCUUGUAACGUAUAUGCCCUCAUCCAAGGGCUCCACGCGCUCGUUGUCGUGUGGAUGCAGCAGUGCCAGCUGCUGCUCUGUGACUACCUAUGAGAAGGACAGCCAGAGCCUCAACCACAGCCAGGUGAGCGCCAGCAGCCCCAACCUCAGCUAUGCCGGGCCCCCCACUCCUAUGGUCAGUAACCAUGAAGCAUUAAGCGCCCCCAGUCUCACCCCAGGGACCCCGAAGGCCCUGUCAGCUGUGAGGGUCAUCCAACCCAAUGAACUGGCCAAACGGAUGACCUGCUGCCCCAUGGGGCACCCCGUAGGGCCCGUGCCGGUCAUCAUCGACUGCCGGCCCUUCAUGGAGUACAACAAGAGCCACAUCCGGGGGGCCGUGCACAUCAACUGCUCUGACAAGAUCAGCCGGCGGCGGCUGCAGCAGGGCAAGAUCACUGUGCUGGACCUGAUCUCCUGCCGCGAGGGCAAGGACUCUUAUAAGGGCAUCUUCUCCAAAGAGAUUGUGGUUUACGAUGAGAGCACCAUGGACCCCAACAGGCUGACAUUCUCCCAGCCACUGCAUGUGGUCCUGGAGUCACUGAGGAGGGAGGGCAAGGACCCCAUCAUCCUCAAAGGAGGCCUUAGCUGCUUCAGGCAGAGCCAUGAGAACCUGUGUGAGCACUCGCUGCACCUUCACGAGGGCUUGGACACCGGUGCAGCUGCUGGCCUGACGGGGGCGCUACCUCACUCCCUGCCCUCCACCCCGGACAUAGAGAAUGCAGAACUAACACCAAUCCUGCCCUUCCUCUAUCUGGGGAACGAGCAAGACGCUCAGGACAUCAACCUGCUGCAGCGCUUCAACAUCGGCUACAUCCUGAACGUGACCACCCACCUGCCGCUCUACCACUAUGACACGGGCCUCUUUAUCUACAAGCGCCUGCCCGCCACAGACAGCAACAAGCAGAACCUGCGGCAGUACUUCGAGGAGGCGUUUGAAUUCAUCGAGGAAGCACAUCAAGCAGGUAUGGGCCUUCUGAUCCACUGCCAGGCAGGCGUAUCUCGUUCAGCCACCAUCGUGAUUGCCUACCUGAUGAAGCACACCUGGAUGACCAUGACAGACGCCUACAAGUUUGUCAAAACCAGGAGGCCCAUCAUCUCCCCGAACCUCAACUUCAUGGGCCAGCUGUUGGAGUUCGAGGAGGACCUCAACAAUGGAAUAACGCCGCGAAUCCUCACACCAAAGCUGAUUGGUGUGGAAACCGUCGUCUAAGCGAACCCUUCGACUCGACGCUCACACUUGUACUCACUCUCACUGUUUUUUAAGAGAGACCGGCUGCCCCGUGAGCCGGUUUGGAGUGUGAGAGCUGCUGUAUUCUUCUUGAAUCUCCUCAUGCUCAUCUUGGACUCUCUGGAGUGCCAAAGCUCUGGGUCAGUGGUGAUGAGAAAUGCCAAAAAUCCCUACUGUUUGGACCUGGCCGAAGUCCCGGAGGAGAAGAUGAGUUAGAGCGAUAGAGAUAGAGCGAUAGGGGAAGGGGGAAGCGGUCAGUGGGAAGCUUUCCAUUUGUGACUGCAGAGGAGCAAACAUGAGGGAAAAGGAAAUCGGUUUGGAAACGUUACUCUAUAUGCUUAGGGGCAAUUACUGAGAAGAUAAACUUUUAAAGCUCACACUGUGGCACACAGUUUAUGUUUGCGGACUCAGGCGGGGUUGGCCACGGCAGUGCCUGUCAAAAAAAAACAAACAAAAAAACAAACAAAAAAGAUGAAGACUUGUUUGGUGUGUUAAUGUUGUUGUUCUAUUUUUAUACAGGGGUUUAUGGGGGUGACCAUGACGAGCCCACAGCGGCUUACUGUGCAAUAAUUUCAGAGUGGAAUGCAACUGAGACCUUGAACUUAUGUGUAUAUAUGGGUAAUGAUUACAAAACAUUUCCAGCUCUUUGCUGAGAUGCCAUUUUGAUGUUAAUGUAAUUACUGUUGUUCAGUUCUAUAUGUUUAUGGUGCACACAGUUAUGCUGUAAUAUUUGGCGCAGAUGUGUACAAGAGACAGAAAAAAUGGGGUUUUAUUUUUUUGAGUGCUGCUUGUGGGUUAAUGUCUGUCAUCUGUGUAUUUCCAAAAUACACAGAACCACAAAUUCAUAUUUUGUGUGUUUGCUUCUUCGUUUUGCCAUUCCUGCAUUCACAUAUGCAUAUAUUUUAGCAAUAUAUAUAUUACCAGACAGCCAUAAAGAGCUUUUUUUAUGCAUGGCUGCUGGCAGAGGAAAGAACACUUUGAAAUAAUCAGUGAAUAUUGUAAAACAGGGCUACUGGUAAUGUUUAAUGUAACAGAACGGAGGAAUUUCACUGCCUGCUUCUUUUGUCUCCUCUGUUCUUUUUGCUCCCAUUCAUUCAUGAGCCAGCUCUGUUGUAAUGCACUCUACCCAGUCCCUUGCGUAGCUAUGUGUGUGUGUGUGUGUGUGUGUGUGUGUGUGUGUGUGUGUGUGUGUCGAUGCCCCAAGUUCUGAGCUAUGAUUUAGUCCAUUGAAAGGUAGCAGAAUUGAGGUACAAGCAAACAUUCACUUUCUCCUGUGCGUUGCGGUGUCAUGUGACGGUGGUGGUACAGUAGGAGCAGUGUGACCCUCGUCUAUUCCUUUGCAACUCCCCGUCGCUGACACUAAGCUACAGUUAAGUGAGCUCUUUUGCCUUGCAUAGGCGAGCGCUGCUGUCACGUGCUGUUAUAGUGCCUCUAUCGAUGCCUUAAUUCAUGUGUCACCACUGGGCCUGCGCAUGGUACACCAUCACGUGCAGACGGAUGCAGAACACACCGAGGUUGAACUUUAACUCCCAGACUAAAGCUCCUCUUGGUCUCCAUGUGACACACUGAUAAUUUCUGCUGUUCCUGAUUCAUAUGCAGAAUUUUGGAAAAUUGCUUUUAAAGAUGCUAAAAAGCCUUGAGGUAAAAAUGCUCCUUAUGUAACUCUGAUCUCAUGGUGGCAUUUGAAGGAGAAUCUGAACACCACCAUGAAUUGUAAAUCAAGGCCGCACAAAAUAGUAGCGCACACACACAGUUUACCCUCAUCCUGUUUAUCUGAGUAUACUCACUUCUGACUCACAUUACAGAAAUUACAUGUAGAUAGCUAUGAAAAGAGCAAAAAAAACUCAACUUGCUACUUCUUCAUGCCUUCAUGAUCCAAACCACAGAUUUUUGCAUUGUUGCCGAACAAAAUCAAAAAUUUGCAUCUCUGUCUUGUCAGUUUUCACACAUUUGACUGACUCAGCUGUUGACAGUUAUAGUGGGAAUGAUAAAUGGAAAUUUUUGUACCCGGGUGGGACACGUGUGUUUUUCAGGUAAGUUUACUUGCCUUUUUAACCACCUUAGCACACAGUAUAAAGACCUCAUCUUGUUGAGAUGACUGUGGGCAUGACCAUAUAAAAAGCGACAGUUUAAAUUAUAUUUUAGAGAUCAGCGAAUCUCCAAAAUAUUAAUUUUCCACUUCAAACAAAGAAAAAUAGCUUUGUUUCAGACUGAGACGGACACAUCACACAACCACACAUCUUUGAUCUAAUUGGUUUUGAUUUGAUAAACCCAAGGGCUGUCAAAGUUUCCAACACAUAAAAGAGCCUGUUGUCCUUCAGUUUAAGUUUAAACAUGAGAUUCAGACCAAAAAACAAAGAGUACAAGGUCUCCAUCCAGUAUUUUGUAGUUCUUGAAGCAGCUUUCCCUCACAAGUUAUGCCUCCUGUUCUGUUUAUGUUCACAUGUUCUUCUGGUUUGUGUUCAGCUCUCCAUUGUUUGCAUGAAAAUAAAGGCAUAAAAUGAAGCACAGGGCUAACAGUAUCAUUGUCAAAGCACCAAAACAACAACAUUUAUUUUGCAGUACAGCCUCUGUGAGACCAUUAAAUCUUCAAAAGUACAUCUGAACCCAAACGUUUUUUUUGGAAGUGAUCGCGUGUCUCUGUCAGCGAGAUGAAGGAGAAUGCAAGGAGAAUUCAUGGCAUAGUGAAUACAAACACACAGUGCACUCUUAAAGGCUUUACAACACCGACAUUCACGACAAUAAGCUUCUAAAAAUCCCUCAUGUGAAAAUCCAUGCUAUGCAAAUUAAAUUGUAACAGGUUGUGUCUUUACCCAACUGUCAUGGAAAUUGUUCAGUGAGGUCUUUGCGAACAUUUCGAGCAUGAAUACCAGUUCGCAGCCUCAGAUCGAGUUUUGUUUGUUUUUUUACGUGUGACUUAUCAACAAAGAAGUUUAAAAAAACAAAAACAUUGUGUGGCAACGUGUCCUCACUUGUAUUUUUGUUGCUGUUGUCAUUGGUGUCUACUGGUGCUCCACAAAUAUAUUUGAAUAUGAUAAAAAGGUAUAUAAUAACAAUUUACCACACGUUUGUAGCUUGUGCAUUUAUAUUCAGUGAUUUGCAAAAAAAAAAAAAAAGAGUGCUUAUCAUCUGAGCCAAUGUUAUAUAAGAAUAAUGUACCUUUUCGUCCCAUCUGCUGGUUCCUACAACCGCAGCGGCACAUGGCUUUUGUAUGUAAUGAUCUAUUUGACUGAACAAUGUAACCGUCGUACUGUACAUUACUCUCUGGUUGGAAAACGAAGCAUGCUGUGUGCUCCUGGUCUGUGAGGGACACUCGCAGUCAUUAUGGUGCUGUCUGUCUUUCCCACACUGCUCUUUCUGUAGAGGUCAUAGCCUGAUUGACAGCUCCAAGAGGCAUCUGGGUAUCUGUUCCCUUUUAUUUGGAAACAUGGUUCUGUAAUAGAACAAUAUCAAAGCUGUCAUAUUUGAUGUGCCCUCCUUAUGACUAGACUUGUUUAAGAGUCUCUGCUUUGGGCUCAGAGGCUCCGGUGGAAAUGGGCUUCGCUCUACAAGUCUCUGUAUCUUUCUUUGUGUCUGUAGUCAACGGUCAAGUAUAUACAGUAUAUAAAUAUAUAUCUAUUUUCUUUGUAUGCAUAUAUUCAUUACUAUUUUUGCACUGACCUACGGACAGAUGGAUUUAUUUUUUUCCACAAAGGGUGCUAUUAUAACGGAGGCCUUCUCCCACACCUUUUUGCAUGACUUGCUCAAAAUUCCUCAACUUGUCUGUCAUCUCUCCUACUCUUCUCCUACUACUCCUUGAACUGUUGCAAUUGAAGCACUGUAAUUUUGUAAUCCCUACUUGUGAGCUUUGAAAUAAACAGGGAGGCUUCAAGUUUG